AUGCGUGGAGAGCUCUUUGACAAGUCUCGCGAUACUUCGGUCACCGCUGUGCUCAGCUCGAUAUGUAGCUNNNNAAUGUUGGUCGGAGGUGACGUGUUGAAUGCUCUCCUGGCUGCACAACAAAAGGAUGGUGGAGGAAGUCAGUCGAAAACACAUGUCCCUUAUCGUAAUUCCAAGCUCACCCUCAUGCUCAAGGAUUCGCUUGGUGGCAGCGCCAAAGUACUCAUGAUAGCACACGUAUCGCCUUGCAUCACAGAUGUCUCACAGACUUUGUCAACACUGAAGUUUGCAUCGAGAGCGCGGAUGGUUGAGCUCGGCCCGGCCAACCGGAGUCACUCAGCCGAUAAGCAAACCAGAACGUCUGGCCCUUCAUCCAAAUACAACCCCCAUACGGUCAAGACUGGCAUCGCAUGA